ACUAGCCCGAUUCCCUAACCGCUCAACCAUCUGACUCCCAUCUUGGCGUUGUGCACUUUUCACUUUGAGCUUGCUGAUCGGUCUGGCAUCUCACAACCAUCCAUCAGUCAAACGAUGCCUGCUGUUUUACACGCAAUCAUCAGUAAAUCCUGUCAGUAGCCUACAUCAAUUUCCCGUACACGCCUGUGUACAGAUACGGCCUUUUUCCCACUUGAUUUGAAAUCAAACGCCUUUUUUAGUAUUUCUGCCAACGAGCGCCUCUGAGAAGAUGCUGCGUUAACAGCAAUCGCUACCUUUUCCCAAACAAUAUUCUUUAUUUUGGUGGUCAAACCGUCAAAGCACCGCCAAGUGUUCCAAAUAAAAUGUUGUGGUUGCACUCAACCCCCGACACCAAAACCUCCAUUUCCUUUUGGGAAAAAUUAUUUUUCUUUCCUUUCUUUUCUUGCUCCAUUUUCAUUACCAAUUUCUAGUUUAACUUGUUAGCUCCCUUUUUAUUGGUGGUGAUUCAACUAAUUUAGAUAAUAUGGGGCGUUUCGUAUGCAAAUACUUGUGUUUGUGCACAAGCUUAUAGACUAAGAACAGGUGAGAUUUAUCAAGAAAAAUCUCCUAGAAGUGUGCAUACGCCGCUUGUACGAUGGAAUCUUUGAUAAAUCGCACCUUGAACUGUUCAUGGGAAUAUUCCAAACCUCCACGUAAGAACAAUUUCUACGCACGCUUGAUAAAUGAGGUCCCAGGGCAGGUCAAGUUAAUGUGUCACAGAGACUGUCCUUCUAGCCCCGUCAUGAAAUGUUGACGGAGCUAUGGCCUUGACAGACCUCUGGACAGGAGAGUUUAUGGCGAAAGGGGCUUAUCUCAGCGAAGGAGCUGGAAGUAUAAAAGGCCGGCCACAGCAAUUGCUCAGGGUGGACAUGCUGCUACAGCCCUGAGCCUCCAAACCCUCCACCUCCUCUGCAUCUCCUUCUCCUCGCACCUUCUGCCCGUUUCCGCUUACAAUGGGAAUUGCCUACAGCGUCGGAGAGGUGGACCACCUCUACACCUUCUUUGUCCAGUGGUCCCUGGACAUUUACAAUAAAGAUCCUGAGAAACCUCUGUACUUAAUGGUGAAGAAAGAUAAGCUUGCAGCCAUUGACAAGUGUACAGGGGUCACUGUUCCCUCUGCCAAAAACUGGGAGGUAAGAAUUGUCGUCUAAGUUGAAGGAUAAUGCACUGAAACAUCUGUAGUUAUAUUACAGAAUAAUGUUUAAAGUUUAGUUAGUUACAUCUCAGUAGAAAUGGACACAUAUUGUAGAUUGGCUGUAUAAACUACAACUAUGUGAUGUGUUCAAAUAAGGUAUUUCCUCUGACACCCUGUAUUUCUUUAUUUCCUCCUUCCUUCUGUCCACACCCCAUAUAUGGUCAUACUUCCAUUACUAAACGGCCACUUUCUAUUUAUGAGAAAUGAAGCUCAGCCUCAGAUAGGUUUCCACAGGGUGGAGCCAUGAGCAGCCAACGAGAAUCGACCUUCUAGUAGUUGAAAGAAACACAUGAAGAGUGUGUAACAUGUGCAGACCCAGUUAGCGGAUAUUAAAACUUUCUCGAGAUUAAGCAAGAAAUACUUCACAAUGAGAUCUAAGACAGAAAACUUCAAGAUUAUGUACUUUGCAAAGCACUGUAUGGAACCAUAUGUACAGAUUGUUUCUGAAAAUGAGGGGCAGUAUUGUCAUAGCGUGUGCAGCUUAGAAGAUGAGGAGGAACCUGUAGAACCGGAGGACCUUCUCCCUGUUUUGCUGGAUCCCAGUCAGCUCCUGGAUGAACGCCACAUAGAAAGUUUGGCCAAUCACAUGCCGGUGCGGACUCAGGGAUAUCCAUGGCGAUUGGUAUACAGCACAGCAGUUCAUGGCACAAGCUUAAAGACUCUCUAUAGAGAAAUGGCUGAAGUAGAUAGCCCUGUAUUGUUGGUCAUCAAAGACAUGGAACAUAAGGUGUUCGGAGCCUUUUCCUCAGAUCCCUUUAGAGUGAGUAACUAUUGCUACGGAACAGGGGAGACUUUUCUCUACAGCUUCAGCCCUGAGUUUCAGGCCUACAGGUGGAGUGGGGAGAACUGUUACUUUGUGAGAGGUCACUUGGACUCAUUACAGAUUGGUGGAGGAGGGGGGAGUUUUGGCCUGUGGCUAGACAGUGACCUGUACCAAGGGUCCAGUUUUGCCUGCUCCACCUUCCAAAAUCAGCAGCUGUCCAGCAAGCAGGAUUUUAAGGUUCUGGCACUGGAGGUCUGGACUGUCCAGUAAACCCUGACUCAAAGAGCGAGAGAAUGAGAACAAAGAUGGAGAAGGGAGAAAGACUGAGAGAAAGAAAGGUAGAGUAUUUCUUCAAAUGCGGUACGCCACCCUCAAAUAAUGGCCGCCGCACCAAAAUAAACGCUGCACCAAAAAUGAACGUUAUUUAAGAAACGCUGCAGCGUUUAUACGAAGAAAUACGGUAUUGACCUGUGUCUGAGGUUGCCUUUACCCCGUUGUAUAGUGCAUUACAAUAAACCUGUCAUUGGUUUUACCCUUAGUCUCAGGACUGUUGUGACUGGUCCUAAAUCUGCUGUGUUAGGCCGAAUCCCAAUACUACCCUUUACCCCUACCCCUUAUCCCUAGCCCUUAGUUUACCCCUAGCCCUUGGCCCUCGAAACUGAGGGGUAAGGGUUACAUACCCCUAAGAAAUGAGAUGCCACUUGGUUACGGUUACGUCAUCUAGCACGUAUCGAUGUCUCCAAAGCAAAAAGAGUUAUGCACUGAUAUCAAACGAAAUUCGCUGCUAAUGGAGUUUAGUUAAACCUGUAGACAUGCUAGUCAGAGAAAUGCAGGACUGUUGUGCUAAUCAGCAAUGUAACGUUAGCAUAGCAAACUAGCGAUUUUUAAAAACGUUUCAAUUAAGAAGAUGGUUACAAAUAUGUGUACAGGACUGUGUAUAGCACAAAACAAGACUGUCAUAAUUCUUAAAUCAAUAUUACAUUGAUCGGACUCUGGAUGAUCUGGCCGACAUUGUUGCCGGUCGCACAGGAUUCACAUAGCCCUAGGUUUCAAGUAAGCUCCCGUUUUCACUUGGUUUUAAGGGGUGUAUACCCCUUCGUCUUAGCCCUACCCCUACCUCAGAAAGAGUAUUGGGACACCACUUGCUCUCACGUGAACGCGCAAAACUAAGGGCUAGGGGUAAUAUUGGGAUUCGGCCUUAGAGUUGGAUAAGAGUUGGAUAAAAGUGUAUGUGUGGACAGAGAAGCCGGUGCUCCUCCUCUGCAGGAGCAGGAGAUGGCUUUAUUGUUAAGCUAUGAACCUUAUUCUUUAACUUGACACCUAAGAUUUGAACCUUCAGUCAGUUAUUGGCUAUGAGUAGAGCAUCACUAAACAAAUCUCCUUUUAAGAUAAAGGUCCUAAAUACAUUAACAUUAUUGUAAUGUUAAAAAAAUGCUUCUGUUGCUUUCUUUUGUGUCUUUCUUAACUGUGCCAAGAGAUCAUUUUUAAAACGUUUUUAUAAAAAAAUGUUAAUGUGUGUUUUUUCUAUUUAAAAUGCAAUCCAAGGAUGCAGUUUUGUUGUCUGUAUCCUAUUGGUCUGGUCGAACAUGUUUCUUUUCAUACUCAGUAUGUCUUUUGCUGUGACUGAUGGCAUUGCUUUGUGCUUGUGUGUCAAAAUGGUUUGAACGUCAUAAAAAACUAUAAAGCAUCUCUGGA